CUUAGGCCUGGUUCACCUCCCGGUUACUUGGUCUGAUUGUGAUGAUGUAGACCACAGUAUCUUUCUGCUGCAGCAGUAGCAUUUUGGGGGUUAGUCUCAGUUUUGUAGUUGCUAAGCUCUGCAGCUGGCACCAAGAUUCCACACAAAGUCCUCCCACCCUCCCUCUGCGUACUUUGCAAGAGUGUAGCAGCCCUAAAGCCACAUGUUUGUGUGAUAAAAAUAGGGAAGGCAGCAAAGUAGAACUCUGUAGAAAGCAAGCCCCAGACCUACAGUGCCUUGAAGCCACUAAGCUGCUUCCCGCUCCGCAGUCUGACUCCUUGCAUGCAGAGGUCACCCUCUUGGGUGCCCACUCUGGGACUGGGUGUUGGCUCUCCGUUCUGCCGAGAUCCCUUCUGGGUGAAUAGAAGGGGGACUGGGCCAUUGACCAAGCAGUUCAGAAUCAGCGUCUGUCUUAACUGAGUCACCCCGUUCCUGAUGAGAAUUACUGCUCGUGAUCGUGUGCCCUACAAGCUUUUGUACUGGGGUUGGGGUGCAGGAGAACAGGAGCACGGCCUGCAGGGGCCUGCAGGGGCCGGCAGGAGCGCAGGCCUUUGAAAAGCUUGUGAGCAUUUCCUGAAGGUGCAGACGGAGGACCCUCUGCCUAGUGGGGGCCAGCUGCGCCCCUGCACCAGUGCUCACCUGCAGCCCACACACCGAGCAGGUGAUCCCUAGAGGAGCUUGGUCCCUGCGAGGGUGCCGUGCCAGUGCCUGAAGGAGCCGUUUCCUCACACAGUAGCAUACUUGUGUAGCACUUGAGAGUCCAUAAAGUAUUUUGAUUUAGCUUAUCUCACAUCUAAUAGCCACUUAAACCUUAAAACACAGGUCCUUUUUGUUAAGCAGAACAGUUUUCCCGGCCGGGCAAGGGGUUUGCACCUGGGCCUUCUGACUUGAGAUGGCACAGCGUGCUGGCUCUCCGAGGGCUGCAGGGGCGUGGCUGCUCUUGUUGGACACCGGGUUCCGCAGUCAGCCAGGCGCCGUUCUCCUCCUAGACCCGAGUGUCCUUGGCCCAGCCCUCCCUCGCCUGUUCUUUCGCCCAGCUGAAGCCCACCCGAUGGGCUUGAGGCAGCUACCCCGGGCCUGCUGGCAGCCGCGCACCUGUGAUGUGACAGCUCAGCGUCAGCAGUGCACAUGGUGCGGUUUCCCGAGUCACUUUAUGCCUGUCCUCCCGACGGCUGCGUGGCAUUUCCCUCGCCGCCCUCAUUGGGAAGAGAAUGGAAGCCAUCUGUUCCCCGUUUUCUGCCACGCUGACUCACUGGGGAAGGCACUUUCGCCGCUCUGCUAUUGGUAAAAAAAUACCUAGCCGUGGCCUUUGUCAUCACAGUCUGUCCUCUGGGCCCAGCUUGCUUCUGAGCUUCUCGGGUGCCUUGAUCUGGUCUCGACCAACCAUAGUAAGAAUGUUACCCAACGGCCCCCAGCCCGUGUCUGUCUGUGGCUUCGGUUUGAUCCUGACCUGGGCAGGACCCGGGACCCGGGGCCUUACUCAGACGCUAGUGGAGCCCACUGACUACCACCCACUCGCCUCCUCUCUCGAAUUUCCUUUAAUGGCUAAUCCUCAUUCCCUUCGGCUUCUUUAGAACUAAUUCACAGUGAUCCACCAAUAGUCUUUGAAGAUAAAGGCCAACAUUUUUCAGUAUGAAGGGAGGAAGGUCUUCCAAGUGACUGUCCGACGUGACGAUGGGUGAAAAUUGUGGGACUGGCAAACCUUAAGGAUGCAUUUGACCUUUCAGAGUAGCUUUUCUGUAGAUGCACCAAAGAGUCACUUUCUGAACACACUUGAGAUGGUUCCUAAAUGGAAGUGGAUAAGAAAUAGGUAAUACUGUGAGCGCUAACCACACACUUGCCCUACCCAUCUGUGCUGACUGCAUGGUGAGCAGCGAGCUCAGCAGGGUUCCCGGAGGCUGCGGCACAACAGGCGAGGACGCGGAGGACACAGCGGCUUCAGCCUGCCCUGAAUGCUUGUUCACUCUUCCCAGACAAUAUUUUCUCCUCAGUCUUCUCUUUACCCUUACUUUGUCACGAGGUAAACAAUAGUGGAAGGAACAAAGUGCCAUGGGUGUGCUCUAAAAGUUCGUCCUUGUAGGUCUGAGAGAGAAAUCAUUGAUUGGGCCCAGACCCCAGGCAGGCAGCGUGGCUCUCGGGCCCUCCUCACCUAGGGUGCUGAGGGGCCCUCUGCCUCUGAGUUAGAUGUGUCCCAGACAGACUUCCUGGAGAAAACGUAAAUACUUGAGGAAGAAAAGAGACUAGGAACAGGAGAGUGGAAUUUACAUAAGGACCCUGGCGGACAAGGAAGGGACUCUUUAAAAUUCCUGUUGGAAAGAAUUUGAUCUCCCUGAGCAAGAGGCAGGAGCCUGUUUGACUUGACUUAAGCCCUGAUGACUUACGGGUUUAAUGUGCUUGACGGAGGUUGUGUGUGUACAUGCUAAAGGUCACAUCUUGUUUAUUUUUUUGACAGCAUCUGGAAUCAAGAGACCCAUGACAUCUGAGGUGUCUCAUCCCUCUGGCAUGCCCGUCAAGAAAAUAGGCCACCGAGGUGUUGAUUCCACAGGAGAGACAACAUAUAAAAAGACGACCUCCUCUGCCUUGAAGGGUGCCAUCCAGUUAGGCAUCACUCAUACUGUGGGGAGCCUGAGCACGAAACCGGAGCGGGAUGUCCUCAUGCAGGACUUCUAUGUGGUGGAGAGUAUCUUCUUCCCCAGUGAAGGGAGCAACCUCACGCCUGCUCAUCACUACAACGACUUUCGGUUCAAGACCUACGCGCCUGUUGCCUUCCGCUACUUCCGGGAGUUAUUUGGUAUCCGGCCUGAUGAUUACUUGUACUCCCUCUGCAGUGAGCCGCUGAUCGAACUCUGCAACUCGGGCGCCAGCGGGUCCCUCUUCUAUGUAUCCAGUGAUGACGAGUUCAUCAUCAAAACGGUCCAGCAUAAAGAAGCGGAGUUUCUGCAGAAGCUGCUUCCAGGAUACUACAUGAACCUCAAUCAGAACCCUCGGACUCUGCUGCCCAAAUUCUACGGCCUGUACUGUGUGCAGGCCGGUGGUAAGAACAUUCGGAUUGUGGUGAUGAACAAUCUCUUACCCCGCUCGGUCAAGAUGCACAUCAAGUAUGACCUCAAGGGCUCGACCUACAAACGGCGGGCUUCCCAGAAGGAGCGAGAGAAGCCUCUCCCCACCCUGAAAGACCUGGACUUCUUGCAAGACAUCCCCGAUGGCCUCUUUUUGGAUUCCGACAUGUACAACGCGCUCUGUAAGACCCUGCAGCGUGACUGUCUGGUGUUACAGAGCUUCAAGAUAAUGGACUACAGCCUCCUGAUGUCCAUCCACAACAUCGACCACGCGCAGCGGGAGCCCUCCGGCAGCGAAGUGCCGUGCCCCGGGGACGCCCGCAGACCAGCCCCCCAGAAGGCGCUCUAUUCCACAGCCAUGGAGUCCAUCCAGGGCGAGGCGCGCCGAGGUGGCACCGUGGAGACUGAUGACCAGUUCGUCAAGAAGCUGGAGCACUCUUGGAAAGCUCUGGUGCACGAUGGGGACACUGUGUCGGUGCAUCGCCCGGGCUUCUAUGCAGAACGGUUCCAGCGCUUCAUGUGCAACACGGUGUUCAAGAGGGUCCCCCUGAAGCCCUCUCCUUCGAAAAAGUUUCGGUCUGGCUCAUCUUUCUCUCGGCGAGCAGGCCCCAGCGGCAACUCCUGCGUCCCUUACCAGCCCUCCGUCUCUGGGGAGCACAAGGCAGAAGUGACCACAAGGGCAGACGUGGAGCCAGGCGUCCACCUCGGUCGUCCUGAUGUGUUACCUCAGACUCCUCCUCUGGAGAAAAGCAGUGAGGUCUCGGCUGCUCCUGACUCCUGUUUCCCGCCUGGAGUUGGAGAGGCUUUGCAGAUGCUAACUCCAAGUUCAACCCUCUCGGAAAAACUUGAAGUCACAGAGUCAGAGUGCAAUCACUGAGAAGAGCUCUCAGGAUCUGGAGCAGGACUCUGCCAUCUGCGCGAUUCAAGACGUCAGCUCUUGCCCAGCGACGCUCAGUUUCUUGUUGGCCCUCGAAAGGGGCGCAGUGGGGCUAGAGGACACCCGCUCCUUCCCCAGGAAGGCUCUCGUCUCGUUCCCCUUCCCUGCGGUGGGCGUUAGCUAGUGCCUCGGACAGUUGGGGACCACAGCACCCCCGCCCGAGUGGGUGCCGUGAAGCGUCAGCCGGCCAGCCGUGGCCCCCGCAGCUGGGUGGCUUCCGCCCGUCUGCUGACAGUGGUGUCGCCGAGCCCGGUGGUUCCCCCCCACCGCCCCUUACCAGGAGCUGGACUCUUCUCUCAGGACAUACCUGCUGGCGCGCGAUCUCCACGAAGCUUUCUGGAAGCAGAGCCUUGUGAUCUGUGUAAAGACUUUGUGGGUUGAGGGUGUCUUAACCGCCUCCCGGCCUCUCUCUCCCUUGAGAGAAGGAAACUCGGCCCCCAGCACAGCCCAGCCGGUGUCCGAGCGGCGCUUGAGCUCGGGGGAGCCGACGCCGACGCCGGCCAGGCGGCCGCUCAAGCUGCUCCUCGCCCGGUGAAUUUCUCAGACUGCGGGAAGAGCAGGACACGGGGUGCCUGUACCCCGUUCUUUCAACAGUGGGGCAGUCAUAGGCUGCGUCAGAGCCCUCGCGGCAGGGAGCGCUCUCACUGCCAGGCCACCGGGAUUACUAUUUUGCAAUUUGAAAUGUAUGCUGGUGGCUUUUAUAAACACGAAGACUCACCAAAUGAAUUUCAGAUCCUUCUCCGACGGAGAUUUCCCCUUACUCUCCCCCCUUUGCAACAGUGUUCUGCUGUUGGCGGAGCGGGGCAGUGCCCACUGGCGGUCGGAGCUGCCGGGCGAGCGGAUUCUCACGGUCUGGGGCUCGGCAGAUGGCGCCCGGUGGCUCACCGCUGAGUCGCCGCACGCCUCUUGCCGGCCGGAAGCCCGGAAGCCCUGGACGUGGCGGCUGUGACCCCAGGCCCCGCUCGCUCCCGGCGGGGGUGCGCAGCUGCGCCCACCGACCCCGGCGCCGCCCCAGGCCCGCCCCCCCCCCCCAGUAACUGUCUAUAUUAGACACCCACAGCCCGUUUCUGGCUGCUGUCUUUGCUGCCAUGUUCUUUUUUUACAAGAAGGAAAAAUUCUUGCUAUUUUUUUUUCAUAAUUUACUAUUUAUGAUGUAUUUAAGUGUUUUAUCCAGGACUAUUUGAGGGACUAGGAGGGAGGGAGGUCUGGGGCUUUGGGAAGGGGACAGGGCACAACAUUUGUAGGAAGUGUCUCCAUGUGCCCUACUUUGUAUUGUCCAGAAACGGCCAAUGCGACAGUGGUAAAUGCCUGGUUUUGUGUAUUAAACUUGCGUCAUCAUUUAGA